CUCAAGUCGGACGAACAAACAUUCCUUGUACAACGUCACGCAAGUUCACCAAGGAGUAGGUGAGACCAGGCAAGCGGAGAACCGCUUUUCUCCUGAGACCGUCUGAUACUUGCAGCCAGCUCGUCUUCGAAAAAAACAAAGAAGGGGAUUUCCAUGUCCAGCUACCUCGAGACGAGAGCAUAUGCUUUACCGCAUAAAGCUGCUACCGUACCCAUAUUACCAUCAUCAAGCGGGCGGAACCGCCGGAUCGACACGAUCAAGACAGUCAAGAUGAUAAAUCUCACCAUUCGCAACCUGACCAUCACGCCGCUCGAGCUGAAGGAAGUAGAGCGCUAUGAGGACCCUAGUAAGGCUCGCAAGCCGAACGGAUUGGCGAAAAUUACGGCGCGUAUCACCGGCAAAUCCUCUAAAUCAUCUCUCGCAUCACCAACCGCUGCUGCGACAAACGACCUCGACGGGGCGGCCCAGGAGCCAGGGACAGCCGGCAAGCAAGACAUAACAGAUGUCCACAUCCAGCCCUUCUCCGAACAUGAAACUUCCAUCCCAUUACCCGAUACCUCCAAAGGCGAAUCCCUCCGCCUCACCUUCUCCGAGCCCAACAAGCCAUACACCUACUCCGUCUCCAUCCCCGGCCCCUCACCGCGGAGCAUCGUCAUGAAAGCCAACCUACCUCCGGGCUUGCAAGACCAACAACAAGUCCCCCCUCCUGAUCGCGAGUUCACCCUCAUCUAUAUGCCCCACCACUCCUUCCUUGCCAUCUUCAGCAGCACUCAUCUCAACCGGUGGAUGGCCGAGCUCGACCCAUCCUACCCCUUGUCAGCCCUCAGCAUCCCAGGGACGCACAACAGUCCGACUUGCUACGUCGCUUUGCCCUCUGUACGUUGCCAGGCCGUUUCCAUCCGCGAGCAGCUCGACAACGGAGUGCGCUUCCUGGACGUGCGUGUAUCCUGUCCAUCUCCCUCCUCGCGCUCCCCAUCGCCUAUCAAAACCGCUUCUCCCCGGCUCGAUACACCCGACUCUUUACCAGGCGCCUUCCCCAUCUCGCCCACCUCAACUCGGACAGAGACACCGACAGAUACCAACUCGCCCGCCCCCCAACCUGAGCUCUCGCCGCAGGCUCCGGAACCGACGUGCAUAGACAAAGAGAAAGCCAAAGCGCCCAACCUCAGCCUAGUCCACUCCGCCUUCCCCGUCGCUUUAUCUGGAACCAGGUACUUCCACGACUUGCUGUCGGAGUGCUACGCUUUCCUGGACGCCAACCCUUCCGAGACGGUGUUGAUGUCGAUCAAGCGCGAAGGGACGGGGCGUGGGACGGACCAGAACUUAUCUACUUACCUGGCCGCUCGCUAUCUGACGCCGGAUAGGUGGUAUUUUAAACCUGAGAUCCCGACGCUGGAGCAGGCGCGGGGGCGCAUCGUGUUGGUGAGGGGAUGGGGAUUGAUGGGUCGGUGUGGCCGGAUAACUGCGCGGAUGGGAUGUGUGGGAGCGGAAGGAUUCGAAUUCAGGAUUAUUAUGAGGUUGGGCAGACGCAGCACAUCAAGAAGAAAAUUGGGUUUGCAAAGGAGGGGUUGAUGAGGGCGGCACAGCAGGUAUAUAGCCCGUCUGGGA